UGUUCUUCUUCGAUCAUGUGUUGGAAGAUGUCUUCAGAUAGUUCAAGCCGAUCUCCCUGGCCCGGUGAUGCUCUGUAAAUGGAUAAGAAGGGAAACAUCUUGAUGCAGAGAUACGAGCUUGGGCGAUUGCUUGGGCAGGGGACCUUUGCCAAGGUCUACCAUGCCAGGAACCUCAGAACCGGCCAGAGCGUCGCCAUUAAAGUGACAGACAAAGAGAAGAUCCUCCGGGUUGGACUUAUCGAUCAAAUCAAAAGAGAGAUCUCUGUGAUGAGACUCGUUCGGCAUCCUAACGUGGUUCAGCUUUAUGAGGUCAUGGCAAGCAAGACGAAGAUCUAUUUCGCCAUGGAAUAUGUUAAAGGUGGGGAGCUCUUCAACAAGGUUGCAAAAGGGAGGCUUAAAGAAGACACAGCACGCAAAUACUUUCAACAAUUGAUCGGUGCCGUCGAUUUCUGCCAUAGCCGAGGAGUCUACCACCGUGAUCUCAAGCCGGAAAAUCUCCUCCUCGAUGAGAACGGUAACCUCAAGAUCUCCGAUUUUGGCCUGAGCGCACUCUGCGAGUCUUGCCGGAAUGACGGGCUCCUCCAUACGACAUGUGGAACGCCGGCAUAUGUCGCGCCUGAGGUCAUCAACAAGAAGGGCUAUGAUGGUGCCAAGGCUGAUAUAUGGUCAUGUGGGGUUAUUCUGUUUGUAUUAUUGGCAGGGUAUCUACCAUUCCAAGAUGCAAACCUGAUGGAGAUGUACAGGAAGAUUAGCAGAGGAGAAUUCAAAUGCCCCAAUUGGUUCUCACCAGAGGUUCGAAAGCUUCUCUCAAGAAUUCUAGAUCCCAAUCCUAAUACAAGGCUAAUCAUCUCCAAGAUCAUGGAGAACCCAUGGUUCAAGAAGGGAUACAAAACAACGGAACAUCCACAACCACAACCACAACAAGAAGAGGACAUGAUAGCUAGUGAUGUCCAGAAUGCCUUUUCUCACGAUCCCUCUGGUGGUGCUAGUUGUUCUACUUCUACUUCCUCUCAGAAGAAAGGAGAAGCGACGAUGGAUUCCAUGAAACCAACUUGUAUGAAUGCGUUUGAUAUCAUAUCACAAUCCAUGGGAUUCGACCUAUCUGGGCUUUUUGAGGACAGGAAUCACAAAUCGGAAUCACGGUUCACGUCUACAAAGCCGGCGUCAGCAAUUGUGUCGAAAUUGGAGGAGAUAGCACAGCAUGAGAGCUUUAAGGUGAAGAAGAUCAAGGAUGGGCUGGUGAAGUUGCAGGGGAACAAGGAAGGGAGAAAGGGACAACUAGCGAUAGACGCUGAGAUCUUCGAGGUUACGCCAUCGUUUCACAUGGUAGAAGUGAAGAAAGUAGCGGGGGAUACGUUUGAGUACCAGAAAUUCUGUAACCAGGAAUUGAAGCCUUCUCUUAAGGAUAUCGUAUGGGCUUGGCAAGGAGAGGAACAACCAGCGUAACAGCAACCACAGCAACCACAACCUGCCUAAUAAGCCUGCAGAGUUUUAUAAACUGAGUUUUUGGAGGGUUCACUGUAGAGAGAGAGAGAGAGAGGUGUU